CUCAUUACCAUUUUUAUUGAAUAUUUAUCAUGCCUGCAGAGUCAAAACGAAAGUUUCAGACAGGACAACCGGUGUCAACGAGAAGAAGGGCAAAGAAGGCAAGACAUGCGGCUGCUCAAAUCCAGAACAAUAUCGCUACACCCUCUAAAAAGGAUCAGCGGAUAUUUGCCAAAUCUUUGAAGCAAACAAAGUUGUAUCAGAGUGAUGACGAAGAAGAGGAAAAUGAUAAUAAUGACAAAGGACAUCAGAUAUCUGGAUCUGAAAGCGUAGGUAAUGAUGACAUGGAAGAAGAAGAAGAAGAGGAGGAGGAGAAAGAGGAAGAGCUGGUUGGCAAGGGUAAGAAGGGAUAUAGGGAAAAGAUCAAGAAACCCAGUGGAAAGAAAGGGAAAGUCUUUGCAGAUACAAUUACGAUGCUAAGUAUUAUUGAUCAAGUAGUAGGAAAAGAGGAAGAGCGUGCUCAGAUUAAGAUCGAGAACAUGGCAAGUAUAAAAGCAUAUCUUUCAAGGAAAAAUAAUGAUAAUAAUCGGAAUGUGAGAUAUACCACAUGUAGUGUCGUUUCAUAGUUCGGGUACUGACUACGACAAUGUGCAAUAUCUCAUUCUUAAUAAUAACAACAGGGUAAAAUCAAGUCCAAACUAGAUAAGAAGGAGCAGAGGCAUGUUGAGAAGGAGAGGGCUAAGAAGGCAUUGAUUGAAAAGAAGAUCAAGGAGAUCAAGCGGAAAAAGGCAGAGAAGCGCAAGGAUAAGCAAAAGGCUGUGGAAAUGGAGACCAAGACCGAUUCAAGUAUAAAUGAAAACAGGAGAUCAGUUAGCUUUCAACUUUAGAUAUUUUGCUUUACAAUUAUAC